AUGGACACGGAAACCUACCUCACCAUCCAAGUACCUCCCCACCCAAGUACCACCCUUAAAACCCGAACCACACAUGGUGAAGAAGAGAGGCGAGUAUCUCGGUACCUCGAGUCAGCAGCCAAGCGAGUGAAGAGAUGUGAUGCUAGACUUAAUGUCAGUAUUGUCUUAAAGACUAUAAUGUCUGGUUUUUAUACUGCCGAUCACCCAUACAGGCAAUCAGCAGUUAACCAAGACUUGAAGGUAUAUGGAGACAUUUCAAUCGACCAAAUCCUAGCUAAAGCUAAUAUUAAAGAGAAUGUCGGCGACAUUGCUUCCGGUUUGAUGGAGCUUGAUAUAAUUGUAGAUAAAAGUGUCAAGACGCCUUCAAGUUACCGUGCAAAUAUUAACAAAGACGAAACAAGACGUUGGCAGACAGACAUACACUAUGAAAUUGACGACGAAAUGAGUUUAGCACAAGAAGUUGCAAUCCGAAAGGCAAUUCCUGUUUGGCAGAAGUACUCAUGCCUCAGUUUCCAUGAAAACAAGCAGGCGUACAACAGAAUAAAGUUCAAGCUUGUAACAAAUAACGUGUGCGCGUCGCCAAACGUUGGAAUGAAUCAAGGAUUGCAGCUUAUUCAACUUGGGGAAACCUGCUUUAAGGUAUUCUAUUACUUACUUUAAAAUAAAAAAAAAAUGUAAUAAAAAUAAAUAUUGCUUUUAAUGAAUGUUAUGUUGUUCAAAUAACAAAGUUCCAUCAUUCAUUUUAAUAAGUAUUCAUUCUUAAUCAUAUACGAUUACUUCAUAC